GGGGCAGGGCUAGCCCUUAAAGGAGCCACGACCCAUUAGGAGACCAUAGGAUGAUCCAGAUGAUGGCGGCCAGCGCGGCCUUAGCCUUGGCCCUGGGGCUCCUACUGCCAUCAGCGGGGGUGAGAGGGGCCGGGCCCCCACCGAUACAGGACGGCGAGUUCACAUUCCUGCUGCCUGCGGGGAGAAAGCAAUGUUUCUACCAGUCCGCGCCGGCCAACGCAAGCCUCGAGACCGAGUACCAGGUGAUCGCAGGUGCUGGGCUGGAUGUGGAUUUCACGCUGGAGAGCCCUCGGGGUGUGCUGCUGGUCAGUGAGUCCCGCAAGGCAGAUGGGGUGCACACGGUAGAACCCACGGAGGCUGGGGACUACAAGCUGUGCUUCGACAACUCCUUCAGCACAAUCUCCGAGAAGCUGGUGUUCUUCGAACUCAUCUUUGACAGCCUGCAGGAUGAUGAGGAGGUCGAAGGCUGGGCAGAGGUCGUGGAGCCUGAGGAGAUGCUGGAUGUCAAAAUGGAGGACAUCAAGGAGUCUAUCGAGACCAUGAGGACACGCCUGGAGCGCAGCAUCCAGAUGCUGACCCUGCUGCGAGCCUUGGAAGCACGGGACCGCAACCUGCAGGAGGGCAACCUGGAACGGGUCACCUUCUGGUCGGCCGUGAACGUGGCCGUGCUGCUGCUGGUGGCUGUGCUGCAGGUCUGCACACUCAAGCGCUUCUUCCAGGAUAAGCGCCCGGUGCCUACGUAGCCCGUCCCUGAAGAACAGGGAAAAGCAACGGCAGCAGGGUGCAUGUGUGUGUGACGUAGUUUCCUGUGAGAAGCGAGGCUGUAUAUUCGGGGCCUGAGGUGUGGCCCGUGUCUUCCCUUCCAGGCCAGAAUACUGGCUGGCUUGCAGGCCUGGGCCAUCCAGAAGGGGUAGCUCAGUGACUGCAUCUGCUUUCCUGGAAAUUGUGCGUGGGGGGCACUGCAGCAUUUGAAUGCAACCCUGGGAUUUUCUGGCCCCGCCUGUCCCCUGAAUGUGCCUUAGCCUGAGCCUUCCAGUUGCACCACCACUGCCUGGUGCAGAAUGGGAUCCAGGAAGCUAACUUUUUCUUCCCUCCCGCACUGGCCCUAUGAGCCA